AUGUCGCGGCCCUACCAGUCUCAAUAUUCUCCCUACGGCGGCUCACCUGCUCAACCCCACCAUCAGCCAUACGGCACGCCGACUCCCCCAGCGCCCCCUGCUGGCUAUUCGCGACCACCCCCCGGACCUCCUGGACAACCGCCUGCUCCCUACCCCGCUCAGCCGCAGCAGAGCUAUUCACGUCCGCCGCCCCCGCCACCUAAUCAGCCCUACGGAGCGGGAUCACCAUACCCUGGACAGCAGCCACCCCAUGUACAGAUGAGCCCUGCCCUACAUCACUGUCCAUCGCCUUAUCCGCCUCAAGGCCCUCCGUAUCCCGGUGCGCAGGGCCACCCCGGACCACCUCCUGGUCCUCCCGGUGGCCAGUAUGGCCCGCCUGGCGGUGCUGCCCCGCCAGCGGCUCCCGCGACGCCGCAACAGGUGGCGGCUUAUCGCCAGCUGUUGAUCGGGACCAUCCAAGAGAAGAAUCUCCAGAACUUCUAUCCUCCCGAACGACUGGACCGACUUGUCCAGUCUCUGGCUGUCGAUGCACCGGGCAAGCUCAACCGGCUGAUGCACGAAUGGUCUGUGCCUAUGGAGGUAGCUACUGAUGUGAUGAAGCUCUCACUGUAUGAUGUCGUCCUCUAUGUCGAUGACAGUGGCUCAAUCGAAUUUGAGGAGAAGGGGCUUCGCAAGGAUCAACUUCGCCAGAUCCUGGGACUUGUGGCCACCGCUGCGUCGAUCUUUGACCAGGAUGGGAUCUCGAUUCGGUUCAUGAACUCGAUGGAGGUCGGCGAUGGGAUCCGCAGUGCCGAUGAUGUAAACCGCCUGGUGUCUCGUGUUCGCUUUGCGGGCUUGACCCCGUUGGGUACCAGCCUGCGGAACAAGGUCAUCGACCCGAUGGUCGUAGGCCCGGCCCGUUCCAACCGUCUUGACAAGCCCGUGCUGGUCAUCGCGAUCACAGACGGCCAGCCAGCUGGAGAACCUCACGGGGCUGUCGGCGAUGCCAUUCGUUUGGCCGUGGACGAGGUAUCUCGGACGCGGUACGGCAAGGGUGCGGUCGCCUUCCAGUUCACGCAGGUGGGCACGGACCAACGAGCCCGCGAGUUCCUGGGGGAUCUGGAUGAAGAUCCUCAGAUCGGCCCCCUGAUUGACUGCACUUCCAAUUUUGAGGUCGAGCAGGACGAGAUGUCGCGUGCGAACCCGCCGAUCCAUUUGACGCGGGAACUUUGGUGCGCAAAGCUGAUGCUCGGUGCGAUUGACGCGUCCUACGACACCAAGGAUGAGAAGCGAGCGGGAGGUCCACCACCCGCAGGGCCCCCGCCAGCCCAGUAUGGCGGCUACGGUUCGGCGCCAGGGGGCUCGUACCCCCCAGGACCGCCGUCCUACAACCCGCAGUCGGGCUACCAGCAGCAGCAGCCUCCCUACCCGCCCUCGAAUCAGGGACCCCCCUACGGCCAGCCGCAGCCCCCUUACGGCUACUCUCCCCAUCCCCCGGCAGGCCCUUCUCAAGGCUACCCGCCACCUGGACCGUAUGGCCAGCCACCACCGCGAUAUUAG